GCUCUUCGCUUCCUGCCUGGCGGAGGGAGGGGACGGUGCUGACGGCUGGGAGGACGAGCUGAACGUAAAGAAAGCCUUGGGAAAGCGAUAAGAAACGAGGGGAAAGGGUCCGAGGUUUUUUACCUUGUAUCGGGAAAACGUAUCGCUCGACUCUGAUUAGCACCCGAAGCAAGUGCAAUGUCGUCCAGUCGUCAGUUUAGCGAGAGCAGGACCAUCCCGACCAGGACGGUGCUGAUCAACGACUCAACGCAGCUACCUCACGACUAUUGCACCACUCCUGGAGGCACUUUAUUCUCCACCACCCCUGGAGGAACCCGAAUAAUCUAUGAUCGUAAGUUCCUAUUAGACCGGCGUAACUCGCCCAUCGCCCAGACCCCACCAGCACACCUGCCGGUUAUCCCAGGAGUGACGGGCAAGAACAUCCUCAAUGAACUCAAGAGGAAUGAAGCUAACAACAUCAACAACCAUGAUGCCAAACCAGCCCAAGCUGAAGAUGCUCAGUUUGAGAUGGACAUCUAAAGAAGAGGAACCAACGUGAAGAACGAUUUAUUACCUGGUACCUGUGUGCCAGUGGCUUGGCUUGUAGAAACCAAUGUUGUGAGCCCUCUCCUUUAGCUCUCUCUAGCUGCUGGGUGCUGCAUAAUCAUGGGGAUAAAUGACUUAAGUUUGCCCAGUGGAGCCCUGAAAGUUAACCUGUUAGCCUGAUGAGCUCUUUUUGUUUAGGUUUCAGGGCUGCCAUCAGCUGUACUUGCUUAAGUCACAGAGCAAAGGAAAAAUUCUUUAUUGUAAGUGCCCGGAUAUAUUACCAAUUUACUGUAAUAGACUCAUAAACAAAUCAGCCAUCAGAGAUUCACUGCUGAUAGUUCAGAGUACACUGUUCCAGUUGAUACCCUUAAUGCAGUCUACUUUGUUCACAUGUAAACUGAUUUGCUGUCAAGUCAGGAAAUGCAGUUAUCUGCAUGUUCAUGUCCUACCAAAUGUACUAUGUAUAUGUUUUCCAUCCAAAAAAGUUACUGGUUACAGUUACCAUUUUAAUUUUAAAGGGACAGCAGGAUUAUCAUCAUAAUUUUGAUUAAAAAAUGUCUUUUAUAUCAGUUAAAACGUUAAACUUUUUUCAGGUAUUUGUUCAGCUCAAAACUAUAGUUUUAUAGAAUUGUAAAAAAAACA